AUGGACAUCUUCACCUUCAGCCACCUCCAUCGCAAUCAAGUCGCCCACGUCGCGCUAUAUUCUCCUGUCAACAAUGCCAACGACAUUAGGAAUAGAAUCGUGGCCGCUGCCAGAGCAGACGGUCACGAAGGCGAGAAGGAACGAGAUGAGAUGAAUUUUGCCUUUGUCGAUGCGACACUGAUUACAAGCCGGCUUCACCUAGAGACUGCGAUAUACCAAGCAAUCCUUACGGAAUCUCAGGGAUCAUUGCGGACGAAAACCGUACAUUCCGAGAUUCUAUGGGCACUCAAUCCAACCAAUAAUAUAACAGAAGCCAUUCGUCGAUAUGGCGUUUCAGACAAGACCACGUCAAUUCUUGUCAUUCAUAUAUCAGAUGCUGGGCUGUCUCCAUCCGCAGUACAAGAGAAACUCGCUCGUGUGGUGGACGGAACGGUGUUGCCAUUGACCUCCCUUCAGGAUUUCACUGAUUGGGCCAGGAUCAAGAAAUAUUACAAACUGGAUCAGGAGAAGGCCCUUAUCGCGACAAGAGACGACCUCUCGAAACAGCAUGCCGUCAUCGACAACAUCGUCGUGAGCUCAGUGGCAAUGAAGAGUGUCAUGGGAUGA